GUUAUCGUUGGUGUGGUUUCUCAAAAGAUCAUCGUUCCCCUUCGUUCUAGACGUUUUGCUUUAGCUCCCCGCAAUGAUAAAACUUCCUCCGAAAAGCGACUUGGCGAGAGAACAUCCCAUUUCAAGAUGUGGCGCUGACUGGUUUGUUGUGCGGGUGGGUCUCCUUGACGACCACGUGUUGGUGCGUCGCCAUGACAACCACGUGCACGCCUCAAACUUUGCUAAUAUUUAUAGUUGUUUUUUUAAGCCGUGCCACACUCUGGUCAGAUUUUCCUUAACUCCAGAAGGAGGAUGAUAAUUUAAGGCAAAAUCUAAGUAAUCUCCACAAGAUGGAUUCACCAGAUGUGAGGAAAAACUUUAUUUUGGCAACCACUGCCAACUACUUUGGGGUGACUCUGGACAACCCAAGCAUCCAGGCCCUGCACUCUGACCCAAGCCUCAACACCUUCCUUGACUCAGGCAACUGUCAGCUUCUAGGUGCCCACAUGGUAUCCAGUGAGGCUGGGAUAACUCUCAGCACCAAGGUUGACUCUUCACUCAAGAAAGACAAGCUGCUGGUAUUCUUCAAAAUCAAGCCAGAUGUAAUCACAGGUGACAACCUUGCAGAUAUCUUUGUUUCCUCAAUGCUGGACUCUCCAAUCUCCUCACUGUACCACUCACUGCAAAAACUCUAUGCUCCCAUACUGCUCAAGGACUCAGAGUGGAGUGGCUUACUGGAUCCCAAGCUUCAGGCACUGGUCACUGAGCUCUCUGAUGGUCUGGGCAGCCUCCUCAGAAAGCAGGAGCCUGACCAAGCUGGGGACUCCAGCAGUCAUGUGUCUAAAAGGCUGGCAGGAGUCCUCACAGUGAAGGAUGAGACUGAGUAUUGGGCUGACACUGCCAACAACCCCAUGAGUCAGGAGGAGAAGGAAGUGGCUCACGCCUUCUACAGUGUACUAGAGCCCAUGUCGAAAGAGUUCAGUGGACUGGAUGCUGUGCUCAUGGUGGAUGCUGAAGAGGUGUUGGAGAAUACUCAGAACUCCUUGGAGGAGCUGUGGCGUCUGGACUACCCCCAGGCACGCAUGUCCCACCUGCUGGAUGUUAUCGCCAAUCAGUUGUCUCGAUAUGUGCAGGGUAAGCUGUCAUCAGAGGACCUUUGGGGUGGCCAGUAUAACCAGGUGGAAAAGAGUCUGUCAGAGGGCAUCAGUGUGUGUGACCACUGGGUAGAGACUUGCCACAACCUCACCUCCAUGUACUGGAAGAGUGGAGCAGAUCAAAUGUGGGAGGGAAAGCCUUUUGUUCCAGACUACUGCAAGAAUGUCUCCCAGCGCCUGUCUGAAAUCCUGAGUCUCCGAACACUCCACAAGCAGCUCACCAGACUCCUUUCCCUCAGUGAACAGGAAGAUCUCAAGACAUCUGAUGCCUUCAAACCAUUCGCAGGCCUUAAACCUGUGCAGUACAACCCUUACACAGAGCCUUUGUGGCAGGCAGCUGUGCGUCAAUUUGAAAACUUUCUUAAACCAGCAGAGCAGCGCAUUGCUGGUAAGCUCAGGUCACAGCUGAGAAACAUGAACUCCAGUGCAUACCAGCUAAUGCAGGAGUUCAAGCGCUACAAGGAACUCAUCAAGAGAGACAGUAUACAGACAGAGCUGGUGGCUGAGAGAGAAAUGCUGCUUAGUGAACUGAACAGUUACAUCAGAACACUGCGCUCAGACUUCAGCACCACUUCAGUCAAUGGGCCCAGACGGCUGCCCAAUGUGCCUGAAGUAGUAAGCAACAUCUACUGGGUGAAGCCCAUUCAUGCUAAAGUUCAGGAUAUUGGUAAAACAGCUGAUGCCCUGUUGACUGACUUGAAUGGUUAUGAUGAACUGAAGAGAAACAUUAAGGAGUUCUGUGAAGAGUUGGAAGAAUAUCACACAGAUCAGUUUGACUCCUGGUCUAGAGAAAUGCUACACAUGAUUGAUACUGAGGAAUUAAGCCUUGCUACAGACUCCCCAGUACUGUCAUUCAGUCACAGGCGCCUCUUACGUGUCAACUACAAUCCCCGACUGGUGGGUUUGGCCAGGGAGGUGACCCAGCUGUCCAUCCUGGGCCACAACAUACACCCAUCCAUAGUCAAGAUGGCCCAGCUGGCACACAAGUUCAUGAAGCAAGCCAAGGCCUUGGAGGAGAUUGCCAAUUUUCACAACACCAUUGGGGACCAGAUGAUCCCAUCCCAGCGGCCCAUGAUGCUGGAGGCAGCACUGGCCCUCUCUGGCCUGGUGCAGGAGCAGACCACCAUCACUUGGUCCAACACACAGCAGCUGGAUACCUACAUUGCCAAGCUGAAGGUAGCCACACAAAGACUGGCCAAAGAAAACAAGCAGUUAGCCCAGUGUCACCUCAUGAUCAAGGAGAGAGUGUUGACUCUGAUGAACACAGACCUGCUGAAGCACCAGAGCCGGUGGAAGGAGCUGCUGAAGGAGAUGCGUUCCAUCAUGCACCAGUUGGAGGAGAAGGGCUUUGUAGACCAGAAGUCUUGGUGCUCCCACUGGGACCGUCAGCUGUACAAGGCCCUAGAGCACCAGUACCAGCUGGGUAUUGAAGCUCUCAACCAAAACCUGCCAGAGUUCAAGGUGGAGCUCACAUACAGGCAGCAGCGGCUCCAGUUCCUCCCUCCAAUGGAGGAGAUUCGUAUGAAAUAUUAUGGCCAGCUGAAGAGAUUCCUUGCCAUUCCUCAUCACUUUAAAGGUGUAAAUGAGGUGAAUGAGCACCCAGUGUUUCCUGCCAUCGUGGACCGCAAUGCCCACCGCUUUGGUCAGCUUUUCCAGAGGGCUGAGGAGCUCUUUGAGAGGCUGGAGAAUGUCAAGGACCGCUUCCUGGAUCUGUGUGCCAUUGGUAGUAGUGAUGUGGAGCAGCUAGUUGAGCAGCAUUGCAAGACAGCUGAGGAUUGGGACAGGAAUCUGCGAGCUUCAAAGGGAAAGGGACAGGAAAUAGGGCGGCUGCCAAGUCACGAGAGGAUCGACUGCUUCACCAUCAGCUUCCAGCCCCUGAGGGUGGAGCUGGAAAUCAUGAACCGUCGGUACUGGGACAUCCUGGUUCAGUCCCUUCACAAUGCUAUCAUGAAGGACAUCAACACCAUUGAGAAGUUCACAGAAGAUGCCAUAGAGGUACUAAGGAAGCAGCCCCAGACAGUAGAAGAGAUUGCCAAUGCCAGCAGCAAGCAUAGUGAGUACAUCAAGCAGACGGAGCAGAUGGUGGAACUGUUCAAUGAGGCAGAGCGCAAGAACAAAACAUUAGCUUCCUGGACCAAGGAGAGGGUGGAGCAGCUGUCCAGAGUAACUAUGCAGUGGGACAACUACAAAUCACUAAUGGACAACCAUGAACAGAUAGUGGCUAGACAGAUGGAAGUGAUCAUGAGCAGCCUUGAGAGCCAGACAAACAACUUCAACAGUGAAGUAGAGAAAUUUGGAAUGCGUUGGUAUCAGCUGCGUCCCCGGGAGGACCAGCUAGAGGGUGAGAUGGAUGUGCAGGCCUCCAUUGCUUUCAUUGCUGAGAAACGGCUUGAAUGGGACCAGCUGAUGGAGAUGAAAGACAGACUGAGGAAGGACUACCAGCACUUCAACAUGGGAGAGCCAGUCUUUCCUGAGGUGGAUGAUAUAGAGGCAGAUCUUAAGAGUCAUGAGCAGAUCUGGGGUCUCUUUGAGGAGUUCAAUACAAACAUGCAACAGUUUGCUGAUGAAGAGUGGAUUGUGUUCAGGAGCAAGACUUUCAGAUUUGAAGAGUUCCUCAAUCAGUGGAAUGACAAGCUAAGCAACUCUGGAGAAACCACGCCAGUCACUGUGCGCCUCAUCCGUGAGCUGCAGAAGUACCAGACAAUGGUGCCAGUUCUCAAGUAUGUGCGUGGUGAGGUGUUCUCUGAGAAGCACUGGAUUGAGAUGUACAACCUCCUUGGCAUUCCAUCAACCACCACCAUUGAUAAACUCACCUUUGGACAUUUCCUCAAGGUGAGAGAGGAAAUGGUGAAGCAGGCUGAUGCCCUGAAGGAGAUGAAUUCCAAGGCUGCUGGAGAAAUAGUGAUACGGCAGGCACUAGGAGAGUUAGACAUGUGGGAGGUGGAUGCCCGCUUCACCCUCACCCCACAUAUUAAUUCUGCAGGGAACCAGAUCAUGCUCAUCAAGGAGUGGAAGGAUGUCAUCAACAAGGUAGGGGAUCACCAGAGUCUUCUUCAAUCACUCAAGGACUCUCCUUACUACCCAGCCUUUGCUGAUCGAGCACGGGUGUGGGAACAACGCCUGGCAGAUCUCGAUGAGUAUCUCUCAAACCUCAAUCUGAUCCAGAGGAAGUGGGUGUACUUGGAGCCAAUCUUUGGACGUGGUGCACUGCCCAAGGAGCAAGGGCGCUUCAGGAGGGUGGAUGAUGACUUCAAGGCCAUCAUGGCAGAUGUGGCAAGGGACAGCAAGGUGGUGUCCUUGUGUCGUAUCAGUGGCUUUAGGAAUACACUCUCCACCCUUCUUGAUCAACUGGCUUGGUGUCAGAAGAGCCUGAACGAGUACCUGGAAGAAAAGAGGACAGCAUUUCCACGUUUCUAUUUCAUUGGUGAUGAUGACCUGCUGGAGAUUCUGGGUCAGGCUACAAACCCAGAAGUGAUACAGUCACACCUCAAGAAACUUUUUGGAGGAAUCCACUUCGUCAUGUUCAACGAGGGGAACACCCACAUCACAGCCAUGAAGAGUCUGGAAGGGGAAAUUGUUCCAUUGAAGAACCCUGUUGAAAUAACUACCAAAGUUGAAGAGUGGCUGAGUCACCUGAGUGAAGGGAUGAAAGGCACACUGCAACACCUCCUCAUCCAGUGCCUGUCAGAAGCCCGUUCAGAUUCUGGCAUGGACCCUCUCAAGUCACCCUCACAGAUCUUGUGUUUAGCUGAUGCCAUUCUCUUCACUGAGCGGUGUGAGGAGUCCAUCAGGGAAGGACGGCUCACCAAUUUCAAGAAGGAGCUUGAGGCCAAGCUGGAGUCAUACACCAGAGUUGACCUUAGCUCUGAUGGCUCCAAGGAGAGCCAGAUGGACAGCCAUGUGCUUGAGUUGAAGCUGAAGGCUCUCAUCUUGGACACCAUCCACAACAUUGAUGUGGUCACCUCACUCAUCAGGGCCAAUACCACAUCCCUUGCAGACUGGGAGUGGCAGAAGCAACUAAGGUUCUACAUGGAUGAAAACCAGUUAGCCAUCAUGAGGAUGGUGGAUGCUGAAUUUGCCUACACCUAUGAAUACCAAGGCAAUGCUCCCAAGCUGGUACACACACCCCUUACUGACAAGUGUUACCUCACACUUACACAGGGUAUGCACAUGGGACUAGGAGGCAACCCAUAUGGUCCUGCUGGUACUGGAAAGACCGAGUCUGUCAAGGCUCUUGGGGGACUGUUUGGGCGGCAAGUGUUAGUGUUCAACUGUGAUGAGGGGAUUGAUGUCAAGUCUAUGGGACGCAUCUUUGUGGGGCUGGUGAAGUGUGGUGCUUGGGGUUGCUUUGAUGAGUUCAACCGUCUGGAGGAAGCUGUGCUGUCUGCCGUUUCCAUGCAGAUCCAAACUAUCCAAGCUGCCCUCAAGUCACAGGCUGCAACCACAACACUGCUAGAAAAGGAGGUGCCUGUUGACUCCAAUGCAGGCAUCUUCAUCACUCUGAACCCAGCAGGCAAGGGCUAUGGAGGCCGUCAGAAGCUCCCAGAUAAUCUAAAGCAGCUGUUCCGUCCUGUUGCCAUGUCCCGGCCAGACAAUGAACUUAUCGCUGAAGUCAUUCUCUUCAGUGAAGGCUUCAAGGAUGCCAAAAGUCUGGGUCGAAAACUUGUAGCAAUUUUCAAUCUGUCAAAGGAACUGCUGACCCCACAGCAACAUUAUGACUGGGGCCUUCGAGCACUCAAGACAGUCCUGAAGGGUUCAGGCAAUUUGCUACAGAUGCAUAGGAAGACAAUGACAGAAGAGAGUGGUGGUGGCGAAGAAGUGGAAAAGGGAGUGGAGGCAGAGUUGGUGGUGCAAGCUCUGCGCCUCAACACCCUCUCCAAGCUGACCUUUGCUGACAGUUCCAGAUUUGAUGAGCUAGUGAAAGAUGUCUUCCCAGAUGUCAAGUUCCGGGGUGUUGGUUAUGAGAGUCUAGCAGAGUUGUUGCAUGAAGCUUUUAAGGAGCUGAGCCUUAUCCCCAAUGAAAGACAAGUCAAGAAGUGUCUUGAACUGUAUGAGCAGCUGCAGCAACGAAUGGGUGUGGUGGUGGUGGGACCCUCAGGCUCUGGGAAGACCACUCUUUGGCAAACUCUGCGAAAGGCUCUCCUCAAGAUGAGCAAGACCGUGAAGAAGUAUGUCAUGAAUCCCAAAGCUAUGCCCCGCCAGCAGCUGCUUGGCCACAUUGACCAUGACACAAGGGAAUGGUCAGAUGGAGUACUGACUGCCUCUGCCCGCCAGGUUGUGAGAGAGCCGCCUGAAACUACCUCUUGGAUCAUCUGUGAUGGAGACAUUGAUCCAGAGUGGAUUGAAUCCCUUAAUUCUGUUCUGGAUGAUAAUCGCCUGCUUACUAUGCCAUCCGGGGAGAGGAUACAAUUUGGUCCUAAUGUUAAUUUUCUUUUUGAGACACACGACCUCUCUUCAGCUUCUCCUGCCACUAUCUCCCGCAUGGGCAUGAUAUUCCUCAGUGAUGAAGAUACAAACAUUCAUGCUGUUGUUAACUCAUGGUUGACCUCCCAGAGUGAGGCAUCACAACGCUGUCUUGAGCCUUACAUAGAGGAGUACUUCUUCAAAGCCCUGGAGUGGGUGCUUAAGGCUGGGGAAGCUCAAGUGGAGACUACUUUGGUGGGAUGGGUUCUCAAUGGCCUCUCACACCUUCAGGAUGUCACUAGUAAGGCACAUUUUGCUCUGGCACUUGUGAGGGGGCUUGGGGGCAACCUGCCAGAGUCCUUGAGAGCAGACUUUGCCAGGGAAUUAUAUUCAUGGAUGGGUGAGCAUCUCCCAGACCAGCACAAGCCUCUCAAUGUGUACUAUGAUGCUUCUCGGGAUCGCCUGGAGUCCUACACAGCAGAGAUGGUUGAGGAAGUAUCAGUAGUGGACACAGCUGAGGUUCCUCUCAUACUGACAGCAGAUGCCAAGUGUUCUCUAGACUAUUUCUCCCCUUGGCUGCAGAUGGAGACCCAGCAGUCCUUCAUCUUAGUGGGGCCUGAAGGCUGUGGCAAAAGCCUACUACUGAACUACUGCUUCUCCCAGCUUCGCAGCACCCAGGUGACCAUGAUCCACUGCAGUGCCUACACUGCUCCUCAUCACAUUUUACAAAAGCUUUCACAGAUGUGUAUGGUGCUCUCGACAAACACAGGCAGAGUGUAUCGUCCCAAAGAAUGUGAGAGACUCAUAGUGUACCUCAAGGACCUCAACUUACCAAAGCCUGAUAAAUGGGGCACUUGCCAACUCAUUACCUUCUUGCAGCAGGUUGUCACAUAUCGCGGUUUCUAUGACAAUAACCUGGAGUGGGUAGGAUUGGAAGGAGUGCAGGUUGUGGCCUCCAUGACUGGUGGCUCAGCCCUCGGACGCCACAAACUCUCAACUCGUUUCACUUCUGUUGUGAGGAUUGCCUCCAUUGGGUACCCAGAGCGUGAACAGCUGGUGAGUGUGUACACAGCCUACCUGCAGUCAGUGUUGAGAUUGGUGUGUGCUGAUCACCCAGCAUGGAGCAGCUCAGUCAAGGCCCAACAGCUGGCCACGUCAAUGGUUAACAUCUAUCAUGAGGUGCGUGAAGCCUUCAGUGUGGAUGACUACAGCCACUACCUCUUCACCCCACGUGAUCUGACGCAUUGGGUUGUGUGUCUCCUGCGCUACCAGAUGGCUCCAGACACCUCACUCACACCUCUGCUCCAGGUCUGGCUGUAUGAGGCUUGCAGACUCUUCAGAGACAAGCUGGUAGAGGAGAAGGACAUUCAGAAGUUUGAUGGUUUCCUCCUGUCCAGCAUCCAGUCAGACUGGGGUGUGGACCUCCGGGACUCCCUCCACAACACCUUUUAUGUCACUCCUGCUGUAGCCUCGGUAACUGCAGGUGCUCCACUACCCCGCCAUGGCCAUCCUCUGGGUUUCAUGGAAAAAGAGCACUGGCAUGAGGUUGUGGAGAAGGCGGUCACCCAGUACAGCCGGGAGAAGCGGGAGGUGGAUCUUCUCAUCUUUACGGAGGUGCUGGAGGCCAUGGCAAGAGUGGACCGCAUAUUGACAUCCCCUGGGGGCUCCGUUCUCAUGGCAGGCAGGUCAGGGGUCGGUCGCCGAACAGCCAUUUCUGUGGUGGCCAAUCUGCAUGGCAUCAAGGUCAUCUCUCCUUCCAUGAGCUUGGGUUAUAACAUCAAGAAUUUCAGAAAUGAUCUCAAGCAGGUAAUGCAGAGUGCUGGGGUGGAUGGGGAGCAAGUGGUGCUCCUGCUGGAAGACCAUCACCUCGUCUCCUCAGCCUUCCUUGAGAUCAUCAAUUCUCUCCUCAUGUCUGGCGAGGUCCCAGGCCUUUACACCCCUGAGGAGCUGGAUCCUCUUCUGAUGCCCCUCAGGGAACAAGCAGCUCACGAAGACUUCAGAGGCUCGCAGUUCACAUAUUUUGCUUCACGUGUGAUGAGAAAUCUCCAUAUUGCCCUCAUCAUGGAUUCAAGUAAUCAGGAGUUCUCAGUGCAGUGUGAGAGCAAUCCAGCACUGUACAAGAAGUGCACUGUGCUGUGGAUGGAGGGCUGGGCGAGGGACACCAUGAUCCAGAUACCCAGCAUGCUCCUCAGUGAGAAAGAGAAAGAUGCAAAGAGUGGCAAAGACUUCUUGAGUUCCUUCCUGGCCUUACACGAGAGUCUGCCAUCACAUCUGUCUACGCCACGCCGUUAUUUGGCACUUCUACACACAUACCAAACCAUACACAACACUAAGAAGGAAGGUGUCACCCAGCGACAGCAACAUCUCAAGGCAGGUGUAGCCAAGCUCAAUGAGGCCCGAGAUGUUGUGAGCCGUCUGAAGGCCGAGGCAGCCAAAAAAGAAGUGGUGUUGGCAGAAAAGCAGGAAGAAGCAAACCGUGCCCUCCAGCUCAUCACUGACACCAUGAAGAAUGCCAAUGACAAGAAGGUGCAGAUGGAAGCUCUUAAGGAACAGGCAUUAACUGAAAACAAGAAGAUUACUGAAAGGAAGAAAAACAUAGAUGAAGAGUUGGCAGAGAUUGAGCCUUUGGUGAGGGAGGCUAAGGAGGCUGUGGGCAACAUCAAGUCUGAGGCACUCUCAGAGAUCAGAUCCCUGCGAGCCCCACCUGAAGUCAUCCGGGACAUCUUAGAGGGAGUUCUGCGCCUUAUGGGAGUCCAGGAUACCUCAUGGAAUUCCAUGAAGACUUUCCUGGCCAAGAGAGGCAUCAAGGAGGAGAUACGGAGCUAUGACCCAAGAGACGUGACUAGUGAAAACCGGCGAUCAGUUGAGAAACUGCUGAAGGAACGUUCAGACUCUUUCAACCCAGCUGUAGCCAAGCGUGCCUCUGCAGCUGCUGCACCCCUCGCUGCCUGGGUGAAGGCUAACGUACGCUUCUCCUAUGUUCUGGAGAAAGUCAAGCCACUGGAGCAAGAACAGAACAAGCUACAGAGAAACCUGGAGAGAGCUGAGGCACAGAUUGGAGAGCUGUCAGCUGGCCUGGAAGAUGUGGACAAACAGGUGUCUGUGUUGCGUGAAAAACUAAAUCGCUCUACCAAGGAAGCAGCAGAAGUGGAGUUCCACCUCAGCAAGGCUCAGGAGACCAUCACUGCUGCAGAGAGUUUAGUGACUAAGCUAGAGGGGGAAUACCAACGGUGGAGUCAGCAGGUGUCAGAGCUUGAGGCUGGCUUAAAAGGUCUGCCCCAGGAAGCCCUUCUGGCUGCAGCCUUCAUCACAUAUCUCAGUGAGGCACCAGAGGACAUCCGAAAAGUAACUUUGGCACACUGGAGCCACAUGCUGAAGGUGAAGAGCUUUGAUCUGAGAAGGUUCUUGAGCAGUGAGAGGGAGCAGCUGCAGUGGAAGGCUGAGGGUCUCCCCUCAGACCAACUCUCCAUUGAAAAUGCCUUAGUCAUCCUCCAGAAUGGGAUGUGCCCAUUCCUCAUUGACCCCUCAUCCCGAGCCACCACCUGGGUGCGAGAACACCUGCGUGAGUCAACAGUUGAGGUCACUACUCAGCAGGAUCCCAAGUUUGUCACCACACUAGAGCUGGCUGUCAGAUUUGGCAAGACACUCAUCAUACAAGAUGUGGACCAGGUAGAACCACUGCUCUUUCCACUACUUAGGGGUGAUCUCGUCAGUCAAGGCCCCCGGUAUGUGGUGGAACUUGGGGAAAAGAUCCUAGAUUACAAUGAGAACUUCCGCCUGUUCCUGGCAACUCGCAGCCCUGAAUCCCAACUGCCUCCCAAUGUGGCCUCUGUCCUUGCUAUCAUCAACUUCACCACCACCAGGGCUGGACUCCAGGGGCAGCUAUUAGCAGCAACACUACAAGUGGAGAAGCCCGAGCUGGAGGUACGCAGGACUGACCUUCUACGGCAGGAGGAGGAUCUCAAGAUUCAGCUGGUGACUUUAGAGGAUCAGCUACUCACCUCCUUAGCAGAGUCUCAGGGCAACAUUUUGGAGAAUAAGGAACUCCUGGCAUCCCUGGAGCAAGCCAAGUCCAGUGCUGCCACCAUCGAAUCAUCACUCAAAGAGUCAGUCUCACUGCAGAAGUCCCUUGAGAAUGAACGCAAGGCCUACUUACCCCUUGCAGAGGCUGCUGCCAACCUCUACUUUGUCAUUUCAGAUCUGUCCAAGCUAAACAAUAUGUAUCGCUUUAGCCUCAAUGCCUUCCAGAGUCUUUUCCACAAGGCUUUGCAGAUCCCACAGGAUGGGAGUGGUACCGAGCAGCGCAUCACAUCCCUGCAGCGCACCCUGGUGGACCUGGUGUACAGCUAUGUCAGUCGUUCACUUUUCAAGGCUGACCGUCUCAUGUUUGCCCUUCACCUUGUCCAUGGCAUGUACCCAGAGUUAUUCCAAGAUAAGGAAUGGGAAGCCCUGACCGGUCAAGUGGUGACUGAUGUCCGUGCAGACACAACUGAAAUGAAGGAUGCCCUGCCCAAGUGGAUUGAUGAGGAACGAACAUCAUCUGUUCUCUUGUUGAAGCAAACCUUCCCAUCCCUGUAUGAAAGCCUGAAGCUGGACGACCUUUCUGUUUGGUCCGGCUUUGCCCGCUCCAGCCACUGUGAGAUGGACAUUCCUGUGCAGUUGGCACAGAAGACCUCAGCCUUCCAGCAGCUCCUUAUUAUACAGGCCAUCAGACCUGAUCGCUUGCAGUCUGCCAUGAUUAACUUUGCAUCAAGGGCCCUUGGUAUGAAAGAGCUUUCACCACCAGCACUCAAUUUGCGCCGGCUAUUGCCUGAGACGUCUGCCACAGAGCCAAUCUUGAUAAUCAUCUCCCCAGGAGCAGAUCCCUCCCAGGAACUCUUUGAUUUAGUGCGCAGCACAGUGGGACCUAGCAGCUAUCAAGAGGUGGCCAUGGGUCAAGGUCAGAGUGAGAGGGCAGUUAGGCUGAUCAAGGAGUGUGCCACCUCAGGUCACUGGCUUUGUCUGAAAAAUCUACACCUUGUCACUGCCUGGCUGCCAUUCCUGGAGAAGGAGCUCAAUGGUCUUGAGCCCCACAAAGAUUUCCGACUCUGGCUGACAGCAGAGCCUCAUGUCAAGUUCACUCCAAUAAUCUUGCAGACCAGCCUCAAAAUUACUUAUGAGGCACCAGCUGGAGUCAAGAAAAACCUUCAGCGGACAUAUGACUCCUGGUCACCUGAGCUGGUGGCUCGAGGCAAUAAUGUUAACCGAGCACAGGCACUCUUUGUGUUAGCGUGGUUCCAUGCAGUAGUGCAAGAGCGCCGAACUUACAUCCCACAAGGAUGGUCUAAGUUCUAUGAGUUUUCUCUGGCAGACCUUAAGGCAGGAUGUGACAUUCUAGACAGACUCUUCAAACAGGAAGGUUCUGGUGAUGUAAAGUGGAAUUUUGUACAUGGCCUGUUUGAAAAUGCUAUCUAUGGAGGUCGUGUGGACAAUAUCUGGGAUGGCAAGGUGCUUUCAGCAUACUUGCAGAUAUUUUUCAACAAUGAGAUGGUGGGUGGUCGCAGGCCGACAGCUACCCAGCUGAUAAAGAACUUUACCCUGCCAACCACUGUAAACUAUCAGGACUAUGCAACUCUCAUCAAGAGUCUGCCUGAGGAGGACGAUCCUUCCUACUUCGGCCUGCCGUCAAAUAUUGAGAGAUCAUGGCAGCGUAUUGUCAGCUCUCAAGUGAUUAGCCAGUUAAAAGUUCUCAUGAGGUCACCAGAGCUUGCGAGUCGCUUUGACCGUGAGAAAUGGCAUUCCCAACUUUCUCCAGUCCUCAGCCUGUGGAAGAAGCUAAAUCAGGGUGCUAAUCUGAUUCAGGGCAAGGUAGCUGUGCCUGGUCCAACAGUGGAUUGCCCUGUGAAGGCAUUUGUACAACUGGAACAGUACACAGCAGUGUUGUCAGUGCAAAAGGUCCAUCGUUCACUGGCUGCACUCUCCAAGGUAAUCCGAGGCACACUGCUUCUCACAACAGAGGUACAGAAGCUUGCAGAGUCUCUCCUCAGACAGGAAACACCUGGCAGCUGGCUGAAGCUGUGGGAUGGCCCUGAGGACCCCCUGGAAUACCUUCGUAGCUUAGUGCGGCGAGCUCUAGGAAUUGGGCGCUGGGUGGCCAAAAGUGACCAAGGCAAUCUCCUACGGGAACCCCUCGACCUAUCUGAGCUACUCCACCCAGCCACCUUUCUCAAUGCUCUCCGCCAGCUGACAGCCAGGGAAUACAAGACCUCAAUGGACAACCUGGAGUUUGUCACUGCUUGGCUGCGCAGUGGUAUUCCUAAUGCUCGGGUGGCCAUGAAGUGGUCUGGCCUGCAGAUGGAGGGUGCUUCCUUUGAUGGCACACGACUCCUUCACAAUGCCCACGACUCUCCUAGUAUCACUGUUGCACCAGUAUGCACUGUGGCUUGGAUUCCUAAGGACCAGCCUGUACGAGUGUAUCAUGAAGAGCUGCUCUCAGUGCCAGUGUAUUCCUCCAUUAAGCGGGAACAGUUGGUGGGUAGUGUGGAUUUGCCCUGCCCAACUCCACACCAUGAGUGGCGGCAGACUGGUCUUGCUCUCUUCCUCAUUACAUAAAACCUCGUCAUUUCAU